AUCUAACUCUUUGAUGGUUCAACUGUUUAGAAAACUGUUUCCAUUGUCAUCCACAAAGCCCGAAGGAGCUGAAGCUAGAUAUCGCCAUGGUGAUAAUGAAUGGCCGACUUCAUAACGAAGACUCUCCGAAUCUUUCCGAAGUCGACACGAGUAUGAAAAUCGAAGGGCAAAACCAUUUUGAUUUCAACGCCAACCAAUCAAUGCCUGACCCAUUUCAGUGCACACUUCAAAUACGAGCAAACAAAGGCGAAGUGAGCUUCUUAAAAAAUCUUUAUUCUCCAUUACUGGAGGGAAUCGAUCCAACUUUCCAGUUUAUUUGUUUAGAAGAAAGUGAGGAAUUUGCGUCAUCUCUGCUCGAGUGGGAUGGAAAUGGCGCCUACUACGAUGAGUUCAACGUUGAAUGCCCAGCUUUGAGUGUAGUACUUUUUCUUCGCGAAAGUUUCGGACGCUUGUCGGCCGUCUCCGUACAGAAAAAUCUUACCACCAACCCCUGGAAGUUUCACCACAGAAUAGAACUCCCCAAAGAUGUCCGUCCACAGAUCACAGCUACACAAGAUUUCUACCAAGCGUUCCACGACCUCCCCUUGUGGUCUGUCUGCCCAGUGCAUUAUGGGAAUGAACUGUUAAGAUUUCACAUUGUCGUCAAAAAUUUCCUACGCAUGCGCGCUUUCUAUGAACUCAUUACAGGCAAGAAAGCACGCGAUGGUUCGACAGGAUUCUGUUAUAUUCCUAUAUACACUCAAAAAGGCCUAGAAAUUCAACUAUCAUUGAAGUGUUUACCCCAAGUGUUUUCAAAGCCCUCUACCGUAGCAAGACUUCGAUUCAAAAUUCCAAAUAUAGACUCUCUAAUGCCUUAUUUGGUAGGAUGUCCCUUGCCGGUACCCAAUGAAAAGGGGACUUGGCUGACUAAUGACCCGGAUGGGAACGUCAUCAUACUAGAUGAGGCAGCCCCUAUUGCUAAGGUACCGUCUUUAGAGACUUCGGAUUACGAAACGAGAUCGGUGGAGACCGAGUUUAGUGCUAGUUCAAAAGAUUCGUCCACGACUGAUAACAUCAAAUUUAGCAAUGCAUUCAAAAAAAUCACACCUGAUUUUGUUUAAGUUACGCCGCGUAAUAGACCCGUUUCGAAUU